UUCUCGCCGGGGCCGCUCAGACCUGCAGCGGAGCCGCGGAGCCGCGGCGCCGGCUCCGAUCAGCAAAAGGCUGCGUCCUAGAGAUUCCGCGGCGGGCAAGGGCAGGGGCGCGCCCCUCCAGGCUGGACCCUCGGCAUUGCCAGGUUUGGAUCCAUGGGGUAGUCCCAAUGCAUCUGUCCCUGCGCCCCAGCCAGCUCAUGGGCCACCCAGCCUGGCCCAGCCUCAGCACCCAGGGCUAGUGAACAGAGCCCUGGCUAGAGCCCAAACAUGUGGGGCCUGGCAAGGCUUCUGCUAGCCUGGUUGGGUGGCUGGGGCUGCAUGGGGCGCUUAGCAGCCCCCACCCAAGCCUGGGCAGGGUCCCAGGUGGAGCCAGGGCCUGGACUACUGAGGACCCGAAGGAGUUGGGUCUGGAAUCAGUUCUUUGUCAUUGAAGAAUAUGCCGGUCCAGAGCCUGUCCUCAUUGGCAAGCUGCACUCUGAUGUGGACAGGGGUGAGGGCCGCACCAAAUACUUGCUGACUGGGGAGGGAGCAGGCACUGUCUUUGUGAUUGACGAGGCCACAGGAAAUAUCCAUGUCACCAAGAGCCUGGACAGGGAGGAGAAGUCACAGUAUGUGCUACUGGCCCAAGCUGUGGACCGAGCCUCCAACCGACCCCUGGAGCCGCCAUCGGAGUUCAUCAUCAAGGUGCAAGAUAUCAAUGACAAUCCACCUGUCUUUCCUUUUGGGCCCUAUCAUGCCACUGUGCCCGAGAUGUCCAACGUUGGCACAUCAGUGAUCCAGGUAACUGCUCACGACGCGGAUGACCCCAGCUAUGGAAACAGUGCCAAGCUGGUAUACACUGUGCUAGAUGGGCUUCCUUUCUUCUCUGUGGACCCCCAAACUGGAGUAGUGCGCACCGCCAUUCCCAACAUGGAUCGGGAGACACAAGAGGAGUUCUUAGUGGUGAUCCAGGCCAAGGACAUGGGCGGCCACAUGGGGGGGCUGUCGGGCAGCACAACAGUGACUGUCACCCUCAGCGAUGUCAACGACAACCCCCCCAAGUUCCCUCAGAGCCUGUACCAAUUCUCCGUGGUGGAGACAGUUGGACCAGGCACCCUGGUGGGCCGGCUGCGGGCCCAGGACCCAGACCUGGGAGACAACGCCCUCAUGGCAUACAGCAUCCUGGAUGGGGAGGGGUCUGAAGCUUUCAGCAUCAGCACAGACUCCCAGGGUCGAGAUGGGCUUCUCACUGUCCGAAAGGCCCUAGACUUUGAGACCCGUCGCUCCUACUCCUUUCGAGUGGAAGCCACCAACACACUCAUCGACCCAGCCUACCUUCGGCGAGGGCCCUUCAAGGAUGUGGCCUCAGUACGCGUGGCUGUGCAAGAUGCCCCAGAGCCACCUGCCUUCACCCAGGCUGCCUACCACCUGGCAGUGCCUGAAAACAAGGCUCCCGGGACCCUAGUGGGCCAGGUCUCUGCCUCAGAUCUGGACUCCCCAGCCAGUCCAAUCAGAUACUCCAUCCUUCCCCACUCGGAUCUGGAGCGUUGCUUCUCCAUUGAGCCCGAAGACGGCACCAUCCGCACGGCAGUACCCCUGGACCGCGAGGCUCGUGUCUGGCACAACCUCACUGUGCUGGCCACAGAGCUUGACAGCUCCGCACAGGCCUCUCGGGUACAAGUGGCUGUCCAGACCUUGGAUGAGAAUGACAAUGCCCCUCAGCUGUCUGAGCCCUAUGAUACUUUUGUGUGUGACUCUGCAGCCCCUGGCCAGCUUAUUCAGAUCAUUCGGGCCCUGGACAGAGACGAAGUCGGCAACAGCAGCCAUAUUUCCCUUCAAGGCCCUCUGGGUCCUGAUGCCAACUUCACUGUCCGAGACAACCGAGAUGGCUCUGCCAGCCUGCUGCUGCCCUCCCGUCCUGCUCCACCCCGCCAAGCCCCCUACCUGGUUCCUAUUGAACUGUGGGACUGGGGGCAGCCUGCACUGAGCAGUACAGUCACAGUGACAGUCAGCGUGUGCCGCUGUCGGCCAGAUGGGUCUGUGGCAUCCUGCCGGCCUGAGGCUCAGCUCUCACCUGCUGGGCUCAGCACUGGGGCUCUGCUUGCCAUCGUCACCUGUGUGGGCACUCUGCUUGCUCUGGUGGUGCUCUUCGUGGCUUUGCGGCGGCAAAAGCAGGAGUCGCUGAUGGUAUUGGAGGAGGAAGACGUCCGUGAGAACAUCAUCACCUACGACGACGAGGGCGGUGGUGAGGAAGACACCGAGGCCUUCGAUAUCACCGCCCUGCAAAAUCCCGAUGGAGCGGCGCCCCCAGCCCCCGGCCCGCCUGCGCGCCGCGACGUGCUGCCCUGGGCCCGUCCACCUCGCCACUCCAGGCCCCCGGGCCCCGCCGACGUGGCGCAGCUCCUGGCGCUGCGGCUCAGGGAGGCAGACGAGGACCCCAGCGUGCCCCCGUACGACUCUGUGCAGGUGUAUGGCUACGAGGGCCGCGGCUCCUCCUGUGGCUCCCUCAGCUCCCUGGGCUCCGGCAGCGAGGCCGGUGGCGCCUCCGGCCCUGCAGAGCCACUGGACGACUGGGGGCCGCUCUUCCGCACCCUGGCCGAGCUGUAUGGGGCCAAGGAGCCCUCCGCCCCCUGAGAGCCGGCCCUGUCUCCGCCCGCCGCGGUGGGGCAGCCCGCACAGGCCCUCUGAGUGAGCCCCACGGGGGUCUAGGCAGGCGAUAGCAGCCCAGGGGCCACAGGUCAACCCCAUCCCUGGGUCCCUCCGCCCUCCUGCCCCAGAGCACCCUCUUUCUUACCUCCCCCUCCUCAGUCGAUGUGUAUGUCUCUAUCCAGGGAUCU